UCUUAAAUGACUCGCAAAACAGAACUUGGUUUACCAACAUAUUACGCUGUAAAUGAGAGCGAAAAAAACAAUUUUGAUAACAACAAUGUCGCGGUCCGGAGCGGUCGAUUGUUUUGCUAUUCGUUCUUGAAAAACAGGAAAAACAUAACCGAUAACAAAAAAAGUUUCAGAACGCACUAAGCUUGACAGGACAGUGGCAGCCUAUGCAUCGGAUUUAUUUUAUUUUUUCUUUUAUUAAUUUAUUAUUUUAUUUAUUGAUUGUUACACACUUAUCUUUAUUUUUAUUUAUUAUUGUGUGAAUAAUAACAGGAAUAUCUUGCAUAUUGAAAGUAGAUGUAGAAGUUGUGACGCGGGACCGUGAGAGAUGGAGACGAGUGCCGAGUCUGGCAGCAUGUCGCCGGCGCGCGUGAAGCUGGAGCCCGAGGCGGACCAGUCGGAAAUCAUCAUUGUUAAAGAAGAAGCUGUAUUCCUGGAUGAAGAGGAGCGCGUGAAGGAGGAGUGGUCGGAUAGCACGGCCGGGCGCGGCGUGAGCGAGGCAGCCAUGCUGGCCGACUUGUACAUCGAGCACGAGGUGAAGGACGAGCUCGUGCUGGGGCCGGAGCGCCCGCACCGCCCCGUAGUCGCCCCGGCCGCCCUAUCUUACCGUGUCGCAGCGUCCGCUGAACAUAAACCUUUCUGGUGUUGUCAAUGUGACUACAAGUGUAAAAGCAAAGCGUAUUUACGGAAGCACCUGUUGACACACACAGACGUAAAGCCAUUUAGUUGUAGCCACUGUGACUAUAAGUGCAGAAGAAAAGCUAAUUUAAAGUCUCACCUGAUGAAUCACACUGAUGAGAAGCCUUUCAGAUGUAGCCACUGUGACUACAAGUUUAGACAAAAAGCAAAAUUAAAUUCUCACCUGAUUACUCACUCUGACGAAAAACCUUUCGAGUGUAGUCAAUGUGACUACAAGGGUAAGAAAGAAUCAUAUUUACGGAGGCACCUGGUGACUCACGUAGUCCACACAGACGAGAAGCUAUUUAGUUGUAGCCACUGUGACUACAAGUGUAUACGAAAAUCACAAAUACAGUCUCACCUGUAUACUCACUCUGACGAAAAACCUUUCGAGUGUAGUCAAUGUGACUACAAGUUUCGAAGCAAAGCGUAUUUAAGGAAGCACCUGUUGACACACACAGAGGAGAAGCCAUUUAGUUGUAGCCACUGUGACUACAAGUGUAGAAAAAAGUAAAUUUACAGAAUCACCUGUUGACACACACAGACGAAAAGCCUUUUAGAUGUAGCCACUGUGACUACAAGUGUAGACAAAAAGCCCAUUUAAAGUCUCACCUGAUUACUCACUCUGACGCAAAACCUUUCGGCUGCAGUCAAUGUGACUACAAGUUUAGAC